AGCAGCAUCCUCUGACCUGUGCUGAUACAAGAAGACAUGGGGCUAUGGGCUUUUAUGACCGCAGCUCUUAUUCUGCUCCUGAUCCUGGUUGUCUUCUGUUUCCUUCUUUACUGUGGAUACAUCUACUACAAGCAUAUGAAGUAUGACCACAUCCCUGGUCCUCCCAGAGACAGUUUUUUCUUCGGACACUCACCCACAAUAAGGAAGCUGAUGAGCAAUAAUUUGAUCAUGUAUGACACCUUCCUGGAAUGGGUUGAGAAGUACGGUCCAGUGGUACGUGUUAAUUUGUCAAGCACUACAAUAGUCUUUGUUGCCAGUCCGGAAGCGGUUAAGAAAUUCUUGAUGUCACCAAAAUAUACCAAAGAUAAUUUCUAUGAAUGUGUUGAGACUAUGUUUGGAGUAAGGUACAUGGGGAACGGUUUAUUGACAGAUCGAGACUAUGAACACUGGCACAAACAGAGGAGGAUUGUUGAUCCAGCAUUCAGCAGAAACUACCUCAUAGGAUUAAUGGGAAUGUUCAAUGAAGUAGCAGAAGACCUGAUGGACAUACUGGGAGAUAAGGCAGAUGGAAAAUGUCAGGUCGGGAUGCACGAUAUGAUGGGUAGGGUCACACUGGACGUCAUCGCCAAGGCUGCUUUUGGGAUGGAGCUGAACUCCCUUCACGAUGAUCAGACGCCAUUCACCAGAGCCAUCACAACUGUAAUGAAAGGAAUGGUUGAGGCACGGAAUCCUUUAGUGCAGUAUAUUCCAGGAAAGCAGGCCUUUAUCAGAGACGUCAAAGAGAGUCUCAAAUUCCUAAGGAAAACCGGACAAGAAUGUAUUUUACAAAGAAGGAAGGCGAUUCAGGAUGGAGAAGACAUUCCUAUGGAUAUCCUCACACAGAUCCUUAAAGGAGCCGAGACAGAAAGCGACUGUAGUCUCGAGAAUUUAAUAGAUAAUUUUGUUACAUUCUUCAUUGCAGGUCAGGAAACAACGGCCAACCAGUUAUCCUUCGCUGUGAUGGAAUUAGCACGACACCCGGAGAUCCUGACAAGAGUCCAGACUGAAGUGGAUGAAGUUCUUGGCUCCAAAAGAGACAUUGAAUAUGAAGAUCUUGGAAAACUACAGUAUCUGUCCCAGGUCUUAAAAGAAACCUUAAGGUUGUACCCGGUAGCCCUUGGGACAUCAAGAGCCAUAGAGGAGGAAAUGGUCAUCGAAGGAGUGAGGGUUCCUCCUAGAACAACUAUUAUGUUUAAUUCUUACAUCAUGGGUCGGAUGGAGAAAUAUUAUCACGAUCCCUUGGUCUUCAAUCCUGACAGAUUUCACCCUGAUGCUCCCAAGUCUAGCUAUACCUACUUUCCAUUUUCUCUUGGGCCACGGUCAUGUAUUGGGCAAGUAUUUGCUCAGAUGGAGUCAAAGGUCAUCAUGGCCAAGCUCCUGCAGAGAUUUGAGUUUGAGAUGGUGGAAGGACAGAGCUUCAGGAUCUUGGACACUGGGAGCCUACGUCCUAUGGAUGGUGUGAUCUGCAGACUGAGACCCCGAGCAGAGCACAAAUCCAGAAAACAAUAAUAAAGUCAUCAAUAAUGAAGACAUCAGAAGUCAGACGUUAGAUUUGUUCUUAAUUAGUAUAUGACCGCUCCAAAUAGGGAGCAAAUGAUCUGCUGUCAUGUGUUACUCUACUCCUCGUGUUCCUCCUCCUGCUGUCUUUAGGUUAGCAUAAAGCCCACAGGAUCUGUCUACACUGGGUUUGUUUGUAGUCUGUUACCAUGGAGACACAUAAGCGCUGUGUACACAUAAGUUUCGACUAUUCUUUGUGUUGAUUAUAUGUUAUCAAUAAAA